AUGCGCACUUCUUCAGAUGACAACGAGCAGCAGCCAGGGUUCGUCCCUGCGCACAAGCAGCAGCACCUCGGGCGCGUCAAAUUUGUCUGCUGCGCCGGCCGCGGCACCUUUGUCAGCCUGACCUCCUCAGCCCUCAAGACCUGGACGACCAUCCAACAAGGCGCCGAGACAGCCGCGCCCAUAGAACUCGCGCACCUGCAGCUGCCACGCGACUUUGUCACCGCAGUCGCGCCGUGCGGCAACCUGCUGCUCGGCAGCUGCCUCGACGGCAGCCUGCGGGUGUGGUCGCUCGACCGCCUGGCGCAGCGGUCCAUCUGCCCGCUGGAGCUGUGCAAAGGCGUGGCGACACAGCUGCUGUACAACCCAAGGACCGAUGACGUCAUCAUGGCCAGCUCCAGCGGCGUGAGGGCCCUGGCCAGCGACCCCGACACUGACGGCUACGCCAAGGCCUCCGGCGUCGUGCCGGCCGCCGAGCGGCCGCUGCUGACGGCCGCAGGCCAGGCGGUGCCUUGGGGUUACGGGCGGUACGAGCGGGCGCGCCAGAGACUGGAGUUCUGCCUGCCUCGGCCUGCCGCAGAGCCCGGCGUCGCGGGGCGCGAGCGGGAGCGCGGCCCGCGGCCGGUGGGACGGGGAGGCACGGUCAAGCUGCAGCUCCACACGAAGGAGCAGCUGCUGCUCGUGCUUGACCAGGCCGACCUCCACGGUUUCGACGCGUCGAGCGGCGCCCACCGCUUCUCGUGGCGCGGGCUGGCCCCGCAGCCGCUGGUGGACUGCGCGCUGUGCCUGCAGGGCGGGCUGCUGUUCACCGCGACCGCGGCGCCGCAUGCCACGGUGAGCAGCGGGCGCCGCACGCCCUAA